AUGAGAAAAUACACGAAAAAAUGCCGGAGGAAAGGCGACACGAAGGAAACUGAUGGAAAAUCCGCAUAUGCUAAUGACGCAUGCGAUGUUGAGGAUAAAUGUGUAGAUGCUCAGAAAGUGAGCUUCAAGGAUAAGAUGACUAUGAUUGAUUCCUUUAAGCUAAAGCGGAAAAUGGAGGACAUAGGAACUCAAAAAGCCUACUCUAUGGAAUUCUUAAAUGAGGUCGAUGGAAAAGUAGGUGUGCAGUUGACGGGUGAGGAUAUUGGAGGCCUCGGCUUCAACAUUCAAGGCAACAUGAACGAGGGAAUUUUUGUGAAAAGCAUUAUCUCUAAGGGAAUUGCUGAGCAAUGCGGAAAUAUUCUGAUUGGUGAUAAGAUCAAAUCUUUGACAAUUAGCUUUGAAAAUAUGGUGUUCGAAGAUGCGGUAACAAUUCUUAACUAUGCUUCUCCUUACAAGGUCAAGCUUGAGCUUGAGCGGAAGCUCAGUGACAAUGCUUCGAAUAGUGAUAGUGAAGAUGAAAAGGAGGUCAGAUAUCAUCCUUUGUUCAGGAGCAACACCUUGACUCAUGUUCACUUCAACCCAAUUGGAUCAGGAUCACCGAGGCCUCAACGAUGUGCAUCAGCGGACUCUAAGCAGAAACAUGCGUUGCCCAAGAAUGAACAAGUACCACCUCAACCGGAUUCAACUACCGCGGAAGAUAAAUCGGAAAUUAGCGGAUCCGGCAAGGAUGGAGAUAUCAGUCGCCUGGAGAGCAGCGACUAUGGAAGUGAUGGAACAUCGGAUUGUAGAGAGAGCACAGCUAGCGCGGAGUCACAGAAAACAAUAAGUGAUCGCAUUGAGAUUACUGACAUUAUAUUUGAUAAGGUCAACUCGCCGACUCCACCACCUUCUCGCAAGUUGGAACAAUGCAAUGAGCUUCCGCCAAAGCCUAAAAAAGUUGUUUCAAGAUCUCCAUCUCCAAAGCAUAAACCACCUCCGUCGCCAAAAAUCAAUCGCUCUUCUAGCCCACAAAAGACAGUUCAAAUCGAGGAUUCUACUCAAACACCGAAGUUUGUUGCGGAAUCAAAGCCAACUCAAACUGAUUUGGCUCCAGUUCCACCUCCAGUCAGUUCGAUCCCAGUGAGAAAGGUUAUUGAAGAGAAGACCUCUUCUCCUAAACUGGCUAAUCUAUUACCAUCCCCUGUUCCGAAUGCGGCUACUGCAUCUAUCCCACUCCCAGUUCCUGUAAUGGAAGAGCAGAAAGGUCCAGAAAUCACUGAUGCGCGGAUUUCAAGAAUCCCAAAGCGCUCGGACAGCAUCAAAACGAAUGUGGUUGAAAGGAAGCUGCCCGCGUUACCGAAGAGCGUUACGCAGCGGAGUCACAGUGCAGAUAAAAGUGAUAAUGUGUGGAGCAGGUUGUACCAGGAAAAAAAGGGACAGCUUAGGAAAACGCGAGAUGUCUCAUCUCCACCAACUGCCCAUAUCUCGGCAAUUCCAACUCUAAAUAAAGCACCAAAGGUUCCAGAUGACAAAUACGGAACGUUGACAAGAGAAAAGAGGGACAGACUAAUGGCAAAUGAUGCGGAACUCGAAAGGCAGCGGGAAGAGCUGAGAAAGCUGGGAAUUCUCUAG